UCAAGUCUUCUAUUAUAUAUUAUAGCAUCUGCAUAUUUGAUGUUUUCCCAAAGCAUAUUAGUUUUCGACAUGACGAUAAAUCAUUAUAGGAAGACUCAUGUAAAAGAGAAAAUAUGGAAAACAUUGUAUUGCGUUCAGUCAGCAUGAUUCGCGCGCGAACGGCCGAUCUCUCUUCGUAUCGUACGAGCAGCCUAAAUAUAGAGUGACACUGUGGCAUUAAUUUGUUGAAUGGAAAGAUAGGUGCGUUCAUGCUCGAGGGGAACCGAGCAUCAUUGUGGGGUAGAUCGCGACGGGGUACGGCAGAAAUCUCUGCAUCCGUGCGAGCCCUUCCUCAAAGUCGCGCUCGGGUAAGCGUUCGGCUGACAUUCCAAAAGGGGUGACAUCACCCCCGCAGAAGUUCCGCAGUUCUGAAGUAUUCUUCCGAGUAUUGAAGAUCUCGAAAGUGAUCUCACACAUAUAGUGAAAGAAAACGGAAUAUUUGGCAGAAUGUCAAGGAUGCGGAAAUAAGGAUCAUCGGGAGGAUACCAGGAUAUUGGCAACGCCAAGGAAAAUCGCACACUCUGGAUUCUUAAUUGUUGUUAAAUCAGAAAGAAGAACGCAAGUUGCACGAUCGCCGAUCUCUAUUCGCGAGCCGUCUAUUAGGAUGAGGUGAGUUCUCCAAUUUCGAUCUCGUCCCGCGAUUUCGUCCCCGCAACAAAUAAUGCCUUCAAGGGGAUCGACCGGCCGUCCCAAGGUAGAUAGAUCCACUAGUCCUCUGCCGAGGAAACCGACGGCAAGACCCGUGAAUCCGGCGGUGAGUUCUGUACAUCCGGCGGUGAGUCCUGUACAUCCGGCAGUAAGUCCUGUACAUCCGGCGGUGAGUCCUGUACAUCCAGUGCAGGAGUUGAAGGCUCUCUUGGUUGAACCCGCCAAUAAUAAAGCUCCUUCCAAUGGCGAGAAAGAAUCGGAUUUUCGUUUCGAGGCGAUACAAUGUUUGCGACAAUCUUCAAUCAUUAAGAGACCCAUUAAGGAACGAGGAUUACCGGAACGAGGAAACUGGAGCAGCAAGAUCGAAUUCAUUUUAUCCGUCGUGGGAUUGGCCAUAGGCUUGGGAAAUCUAUGGCGAUUUCCUUACCUCUGCUACAAAAAUGGCGGUGGUGCUUUUAUGGUGCCCUACUUCAUCGCCCUUGCAUUGGCCGGUAUACCCAUGUUCCUGAUGGAAUUGUCCUUAGGGCAGAUGCUGACAAUAGGUGGUCUGGGUGUUUUUAAGAUAGCACCAUUGUUUAAAGGUAUCGGAUACGCGACCUGUGUGCUUUCCUGCUGGACUAACAUAUAUUACAUAAUCAUUCUUGCUUGGGCACUCUUCUACUUCUUGGUCUCCUUACGUCCUGACGUACCUUGGAGAACUUGCGACAAUUCAUGGAAUACGCGCUACUGCAUUACGCCCGACGAACGACUGAACGUUACGUGCUGGCAGGACGACUACUGGCCGAAUAACUUCAUAUGCGCCACAUCCCUCGGGAAUUUGAGUCACAGAUUACUGAAGGAUCCGGUCAAAGAAUUUUGGGAGAGGCGCACCCUGCAGAUCUCCUCGGGUAUCGAAGCCGUAGGUAGUAUAAGAUGGGAACUGGCCGGAACCCUCGCGGUUGUGUGGAUCAUGUGUUACUUUUGCAUCUGGAAAGGUGUCAAAUGGACCGGCAAGGUUGUCUAUUUCACGGCGCUCUUUCCGUACGCUUUACUGGCGGUGUUGCUUGUGCGAGGCUUAACGCUUCCCGGCGCUUCGGAAGGUUUAAAGUACUACGCUACGCCAAAUCUCUCGAAACUCGGCGAUCCUGAGGUAUGGAUAGAUGCGGUGACACAAAUAUUCUUCACCUACGCUCUCGGUCUAGGCGCAUUGGUAGCCUUAGGCAGCUAUAAUAAAUUCAACAAUAAUGUUUACAAAGACGCUCUCAUCGUAUGCGGAGUGAAUACUUGUACCAGUUUGCUUAGCGGAGUAGUCAUAUUUUCCGUAGUCGGUUUUAUGGCCCAUGAACAACAGAAACCAGUUGCCGAUGUAGCUGCUUCUGGGCCUGGUUUAGCUUUCUUAGUUUAUCCCUCAGCGGUGUUACAAUUACCCGGGGCAUCGAUUUGGUCAAGUCUUUUCUUCUUUAUGCUUCUCCUGAUAGGAUUGGACAGUCAGUUUUGUACCAUGGAGGGUUUCAUCACUGCUGCCGUGGAUGAGUGGCCACGACUACUCAGAAAACGGAAGGAAAUGUUCAUCGCGAUCGUAUGCCUGAUCUCCUAUUUAAUAGGGCUUCUAUGCGUCACAGAAGGCGGAAUGUACGUCUUUCAACUCUUGGAUACGUAUGCUGUGAGUGGAUUCUGUUUGCUCUUCCUAAUGUUUUUCGAGUGUAUUUCCGUGUCAUGGGCAUUCGGAGUAGAUCGAUUUUAUGAUGGUAUACGAGACAUGAUAGGCUAUUAUCCCUGUUUCUGGUGGAAGAUAUGCUGGACGUUUACUACACCUGCCAUUUGUGUGGGCGUUUUCAUCUUUAAUAUUAUCAAAUUCGUCCCUGUGAAAUACCUCACAUACGAAUUUCCGUGGUGGAGCCAUUUGUUGGGAUGGUUUGCAGGCCUUUCCUCGAUGUUAUGUAUUCCAGGUUACAUGAUUUAUAUUUGGAGUGUUACAUCCGGAACUACCUCAGAGAAAUAUCGGAAAUUGAUAAAAAUAGAAGACGACGUCGCCGCUUUACGGAAGAAACUCAAUCCAAUCAAAGCCGCUGCCAUCGACGCAGAGUUCGAACUAUAAACUCGCAUUGUGCCUCAAUCAUAUAGAUUAAGCAAUAUACCAAUAAAGUAUAGAAUGGGAAAGAUCUGAGUGUAAUGGCAUGUUCGCACAAUUAAGAAAUGCAUCAAAUUUCAUUAGAUGACAUUAAGAUGAGAUAUCAUGUGCAUUUUACUCACUUUAAGAACAAUUACAUCGAAAAUAGCGAUGUUUAUUAGCUAAUCUAUGAUAUAUAUCUUAUAAUCUGCUUCCAACAUAUAAUAUAAAAAGAAAACGAAAAUAAUAAUAAUAAUAAUGUACUUUACAAUUCGUUGGAAUAAUACUUUUUGAUUUACA